AAUUGGAUGUAUGCUAAGUUACGCUGAGAGCGCCGCUCUAUAUCUUUCCAAGCUCGUCGUUCUCGUUAUUUGUUUACUCCAACACUCCACUCUUUAAAUUGCCCCAAAAACCUAUCUUUUCCUUUUCAUCUACUCCGAACUCCAAAAAAAAAGAAAUCCAAGAAAAAAAAAUGGCUCAUUCUUGCAUAGCCACAACUUCCUCUCUCUCUAAAUUCAAUUCCUCAAUUUUUCCGUCUGAUUCUUGCAAUCUUUCUCCCAUAUCUCUACAAUUUAAACGUCUUUCCUUGAGGAAUGGGAAAGUGAAGAAUAGGGGAAAUAGCACUGUCAAGGCUGUGUAUUCUGGAGCUGACUGGGAUUUAGCAAAGGCUUCACGUUCUUCAGGAAUUUGGUCUAUCAGAGAUGACGUGCAAAUACCAUCAUCACCUUAUUUUCCUACAUAUGCCGCCCAAGGUCAAGGACCACCGCCGAUGGUACAAGAGCGAUUUCAGAGUGUGAUCAGCCAGCUCUUUCAAUAUAGGAUCAUACGAUGUGGUGGAGCAGUUGAUGAUGAUAUGGCUAAUGUCAUAGUUGCUCAGCUUCUUUAUCUUGAUGCUGUUGAUCCCACAAAGGACAUUGUUAUGUAUGUCAAUUCUCCAGGAGGGUCAGUAACAGCAGGAAUGGCCGUUUUCGAUACCAUGCGACAUAUUCGACCUGAUGUCUCAACUGUCUGUGUUGGACUCGCUGCAAGUAUGGGGGCUUUUCUUCUCAGUGCUGGCACUAAAGGAAAGAGAUAUAGCUUGCCAAAUUCAAGGAUAAUGAUUCACCAGCCUCUUGGUGGUGCUCAAGGUGGUCAAACUGAUAUAGAUAUACAGGCUAAUGAGAUGUUGCAUCACAAAGCAAAUUUGAAUGGUUACCUUGCCUACCAGACUGGUCAAAGCCUUGAUAGGAUUAAUCAGGAUACUGAUCGUGAUUUUUUCAUGAGCGCAAAGGAAGCUAAAGAGUACGGGCUAAUCGAUGGUGUCAUCAUGAAUCCAAUGAAAGCCCUUCAACCACUUGCAGCAGCUGCUGAACAAUCAUAGUUGUAUUGCAAGGAAGGUUAAUUUUCUCCUUAUCAUUUCGCUGUCACCUGGAUUAUUAAUACUCUCAGAUUGUAAUUGAUUACUAAGUUUUGGGUAGACACAAUAUUCCUGCUGCCAGGAGCAAAUGUACACCAAUUUUUACUUGUUCAUCAGAGUUACAGUUGGGAAAGAGUGAGUGUAAUGUACCUGCCCGAAUCUUAUAUAGACGUUUUCGCUUAAGUCUUGAUAUUUUUCUUUAAAAGUAAUUUACCUCUUUUUGUUCA